CUACAUUUCCCAUCAGGCUUAGCGGAAACUUUCCCGCGUCACGUGCCAACAUGGCUGCCGGCGUCUAUGGGCAAGAUUUCUCCAACCUGGAGCUUCUUCUAAAGGCUCCGUCCAAAGAUGCAGUGAGAGACGUUUGUGUCCAGAGUCACAGAGACGCUUCCAGUCGUUGGCUGAUAGAAAAUACUGCAGCUACUUUCAGCAUAUCUGCAGCUGAGGCUGCUCAGCUGGUGCGGUCCCUCCACCUGCUGUCACAUCACGUGGUGUUCCAGAACCUGACGUCCCCGGAGCAGAUCCUGGCCGUCUUCCCUGAGUCCUUUCACUCCAGUCUGAAGAACCUGAUCACUAAGAUCCUGCUGAAGACCAGUCCAGCCUGGAGGACAGAAGCUCUCAGUAAUCAAAUCUCCCUCCCUCAGCUGAAGGACCUGAACUGGAGAGUGGACCUGGUGUCCGGCUCGGACUCGCUCAGCCGGGUGGCGGUGCCGACCUGCUUGGUUCAGCUGAAGGUGGAGGAUCCGUGUCCACCAGCAGGAGGGGACCCGGUGUCCACGGUGACCGUGGAGCUGAGCAGGGAGUCUUUGGACACGAUGCUGGACGGUCUGGGACGGAUCAGAGACCAGCUGUCCGUGGUGGCCGGGAAGUGAGACGGUCUGCAGAUGUGGACCCGUGACAGCAGCUGGUUCCAACUCUGCAGAACAGGAAGAACUUCCUGGAGCAUUGUUGUAAUUAUUGAGAGGUUUUGUUUGUAUAAGUGUUGUCUUUUAUUCGUAAAAUUGUUUUGUUUUCAUUUCUACUAAAUAAAAAUCAUCUAAUAAAGUAUUUCAGCAGAA